AGGAUAGUGACCUUUCACCUCUGAGAACAGCAUUUCUGGACCUGCUGACAGCCUCUGCUACUUGGACUUACCUAGCACAAUGUCAGGCCAUCACACUCCCUCCGCUGGGGGUCCCUUCUCAGCACUCACUCCCAGCAUUUGGCCUCAGGAGAUCCUGGCAAAAUACACACAGAAAGAAGAAUCCAUCGAACAGCCAGAGUUCCACUAUGAUGAAUUCGGUUUCCGAAUUGAUAAAGAAGAUGGUGCUGAGCCAAACUCCAGCAAGCUUCUGGGGGUCCCACUGACAGAGGAACCACAGCAGAGGCUCAAGUGGCAGGCUCAUCUGGAAUUCACACACAACCAUGACGUGGGCGACCUCACCUGGGACAAAAUUGAGGUCACUCUACCACAUUCAGACAAGCUGCGCUCCCUGGUGCUAGCCGGCAUCCCGCACAGCAUGAGGCCGCAGCUGUGGAUGCGCCUGUCGGGGGCCUUGCAGAAGAAGAGGAAUUCAGAGAUGUCAUAUCGGGAUAUCGUGAAAAACAGCUCUAAUGAUGAAACCAUUGCUGCCAAACAGAUUGAAAAGGACUUGCUCCGCACGAUGCCCAGCAACGCCUGCUUCUCCAACAUGAACAGUAUUGGGGUGCCACGGCUACGCAGGAUACUACGGGGACUUGCCUGGCUCUACCCAGACAUUGGAUAUUGCCAAGGAACUGGCAUGGUGGCUGCCUCUCUGCUGCUCUUCUUGGAGGAGGAAGAUGCCUUCUGGAUGAUGUGUGCUAUCAUCGAGGAACUGGUUCCUGCCUCCUACUUCAGCACCACCCUGAUGGGUGUGCAGACUGACCAGCGCGUCCUGCGACAGCUCAUUGUGCAGUACUUGCCCCGCCUGGACAAGCUGCUCCAGGAGCAUGACAUCGAGCUCUCCUUGAUCACCUUGCACUGGUUCCUCACCUCUUUCGCUAGUGUUGUCCACAUCAAACUGCUGCUACGUAUUUGGGACCUCUUCUUCUACCAGGGCUCUCUGGUGCUGUUCCAGCUUACUUUGGGCAUGCUCAGUAUGAAGGAGGAUGAGCUAAUCCAGUCCGAGAACUCUGCCUCAAUCUUCAACACACUCUCGGACAUCCCCAGUCAGAUUGAAGAUGCAGAUGUGUUGCUGCGGGAGGCCAUGCGUGUGGCUGGCUCGCUGACAGAUGUGGCGGUGGAGACCCAGCGUCGCAAACACUUGGCCUACCUCAUUGCUGACCAAGGGCAGCUGCUCAACUCCAGCACCACUGUCAACAAUUUAUCCAAAAUUGUGCGGCGCAGGACUCAGCGCAGGAAAUCUGGCAUCACCUCUCUGCUUUUUGGGGAUGACGAUCUGGAGGCACUGAAAGCCAAGAACAUCAAGCAGACGGAGCUGGUGGCCGACCUGCGUGAGGCCAUUCUCCAGGUGGCACGGCACUUCCAGUGUGUGGAUCCCAAGAACUGCAGCAUUGAUCUGACUCCAGACUACAGCAUGGAAAGCCACCAGCGGGACCACGAGAACUACGUGGCCUGUUCUCGCAACCGACGACGACGAGCCAAGGCACUACUGGACUUUGAGCGCCACGAUGACGAUGAGCUGGGCUUCCGCAAGAAUGACAUCAUUACGAUCAUUUCCCAGAAGGAUGAGCACUGUUGGGUGGGAGAGCUGAAUGGACUGAGAGGUUGGUUUCCUGCAAAAUUUGUUGAGAUCUUGGAUGAACGGAGCAAAGAGUACUCCAUCGCUGGAGAUGAUUCAGUCACAGAAGGGGUGACAGACUUGGUGCGAGGGACACUGUGUCCAGCCUUGAAGUCCAUAUUUGAACAUGGACUGAAGAAGCCAUCUCUGCUGGGGGGGCCCUGCCAUCCCUGGCUGUUCAUUGAAGAGGCUGCAAGCCGGGAAGUGGAGCGGGACUUUGACUCUGUGUAUUCUCGCCUUGUGCUCUGCAAGACUUACAGGCUUGAUGAAGAUGGCAAAGUCCUCACUCCAGAGGAGCUGCUUUACCGGGCGGUUCAGGCUGUGAACAUGACGCACGAUGCUGCACAUGCACAGAUGGAUGUGAAGCUUCGUUCCCUCAUCUGUGUUGGACUCAACGAGCAGGUGCUGCAUUUGUGGCUAGAGGUGCUGUGCUCAAGCCUGCAGACCGUGGAGAAGUGGUUCCAUCCCUGGUCAUUCCUGCGCAGUCCUGGCUGGGUGCAGAUCAAAUGCGAACUGAGAGUCCUCUGCAAGUUUGCCUUCAGCCUUUCUCAGGACUGGGAGCUGCCAAUAAAGAGGGAGGAGAAGGAGAAG